AUGUAAAAGGAAAUUGAAGCGAUAAUUAACACUAAUUAUUAUAAACAUAAUCAAUAGACUAAAGUAUCUCUACUUAUAUAUUUUAAUGUAAAAACUAUUAGUGUUGCCGAUAUUGAUCCAAAUCCAAAAGGAACUAAAUAAUAUCCCAAGGUUACAAUCAAGGACAGAAUAGUAAUACAACCAGAGAGAGCUAAAAUCUAGAUUGUUGGCAACUAUUAAACUUCCAGUUCAUUAAUGGAUAUAUACACAAACAUUUAGAGAAUGCACAUAAAUCAGGAUUUCGCUAGAUAGAUUAAUAAGAUUACAUAAAAUAAUUCAUAUCGAAAACAUUCUAUAAGCUUCCACUGA